GCGAAGGCUGACUGGGGAAAAUGCAAAAUGACAUAUAGCAAAUGUCGGAGCAUAAUUCAUUCACGUUUUCGGCUCAAAUUCGGAUUUGAAUCGCACCGCUGGAGCUCCAAUGUAACGAUGGCACGUUAGGGCUGGUGGCGCAACUGGGAUUUUUUUGAUAUUUUAAUUUAUGAAAAAUCACAUUCACAGACAAAUAUUGGUUUCAACAUGGGGCUGUGCUACAGUUUGCGUCCCCGGCUCUUCGGGGACCUGAGCGGGUCCAUCUCCAACGCUACCUCGGACUCUGACCAGCCUCCGGACACCGCCGUGCCGACCCGCGCCGGGGGAGCUCGCCAGGAGGACACCGGGGGAUGCGGGGAGACUUCGUCGCUACGCGGCGGCGGCGGCCCGGUGCGCCCCGGGGACCCUGCCAGGCUCCCGGCCGGGGAGCACCGCCGUGGAGACACUGGUACCGACGGUGUGCUCAUACAAAACGGAGGUGGUGGAGGAGGAGGAGGCGGCGGUGGCGGUGGAGGAGGUAGCGGUAAGGGGACAGGCAAGGACCGCGGCCGACGCUUACAGCUGCUGCAAAAGACUAGCACCCAAAAGCAGAAAAACUGGGACAAAUUGCUGGUGGAGGAGAAGGAGGCCGAGAAGGAGGCGAAGAAAGUCAGUAAGAAUAUUGACAGGGCACUGAAGGAGCUCAAACGGGAGUAUAAACAGACGCAUCGGCUGCUGCUGCUCGGUGCGGGAGAGUCCGGAAAAAGCACCAUUGUGAAGCAGAUGAGGAUUCUACACGUCAACGGCUUCAACGCAGAAGAAAAGAAACAGAAAAUCCAAGAUAUUCGGAAAAACGUAAAGGAUGCCAUAGUGGAAUUCUUUGAUCACGCAAAGAAGCUGUGGGAUGACGAAGGAGUGAAGGCCUGCUUCGAGAGGUCCAAUGAGUACCAACUCAUCGACUGUGCACAAUAGUGAGUUCAAAUCCUGAGAUCUUUCUCUUUUUUUGUUGUGGUGAUAUUUUAAAGCUUGGGAUACAUGCGGGCU